UGGUAACAUUGUUGUUAAAUUUGCAAUUUGCAUAGCUAUACGAUUAAAUUGUUAGUACUUAACUAUAUUUUAUUGAGUAUUGAAAAUUGCUGUGUAGUCUUAUUACCACGGUUUAAUUUAUUGAUUGUCAAACAGCAAAUGCGAUGUAGGUAAAUGCUGUACGAAGGCCAACAUGCCGCGGGAUAUUUUGAGUGAAAGUUUAGCUGUCCUAAGGAUAGUUGAGCAUGAAGAUGAAGAGAACUGGCCACUAGAAAACAAAUCAUCAUGUAAACAAAGCAAUAAGAAGUCUGCUAACAUUCCUAUGAACAGUCAAAAGUCUUUUACAAAAGAUGACUGUGCCUGUUACUACAACUAUGGUCAUGGUGAUAAUGGGAAUGCGCGGCAACACGACCCCGUCUACCAGUAUAAGACGAGUAGCCUGCCGCCGGCAUCAUCCAUCAACCAGUCCUGGGAUGACAUAGUGUGCUCAGCCCUUCGGAUAACUCCGGAAGACAUCGCUAACCAACUCACGCUACUUGAUUUGCCUUGCUUUAAAGCUAUACAACCAGACGAGUUGACUACCUGUGGAUGGAACAAACUAAAUAAGUUAACUGUUGCGCCCAAUGUCGUAGCAUUUACUAAAAGGUUUAACAGGGUCAGUUUUUGGACGGUGCAAGAAAUUUUAAAUGGACAGUCGCCUAAAGUCCGAGCAGAAACAUUGGCACAUUUUAUAAAAGUAGGGAAAAAGUUGCACGAGUUGAACAAUUUACAUUCUCUUUUCGCUGUUAUCUCUGCAUUGCACAGUGCUAGUAUUUAUAGGCUGACCAAAACAUGGGCGUGCUUAUCUAAAAAGGAUAAACAACAAUUUGAUAAACUUGCGGAACUCUUUGGUGAAAAGGAUAAUUGGACUGCGUUGCGGGAAUAUUUGAAAUGUAUUCAAUUGCCUUGUAUACCAUAUCUCGGUAUAUUUUUGACGGACUUAGUAUACAUUGAUAUUGCGCACCCAGCGGGCUCACCUCACCGCGUCACGAAGAUGGCUGUAGUACUAAAGGCUCUGGAGAAAUACCAAACGUCAGAGUAUGACAUCGUCCCUGUACCUCAUGUGGCCAACUUCUUGAACAGCGUGCGCUAUAUAGAAGAACUACAGAAGUUUCUCGAAGAUGAUCAGUACAAAUUAUCGCUUAAAUUGGAGCCGCCGUCACCGGUCGGGAGCUGCGCUGGUUCCAAGGAGUCUGUCAAGGAGGUCAUCACUCAGGGCUCUUCGGCUGCUGCCACCGUCUCACCGUCCCACAAGCUCGGUACCGGGUCGCUCCGCCUGCAAGGCUCCUGCCACCAGGGCAAGUUCAUACCCACCCAUAGGAAGUGCCGGUCACUCGGUUCCAAUAUAUUUGGAAAAAGUCAUACAGACGACAAAAUGGAAAACAAGACGCCCGCCGGAUCUGUUAACUUGCUUGACGACACUUUGUUGGAGUCGCCUAGCUCCGUGUCUGGAAGCAAAAUGUCACAAUCGCUGCCUCACAGUGAUCUAUCGAAAGCUGAAGUCAUCCAGUGUGACUUCCAGGGUUUCGUAAGAAGGAAGACAAUACUAAAGGAUGGCAGGAAAAUCUCGUUAUCGUCGUGGCAACGUUAUUGGCUGCAAAUUACUGGAAAUAUCCUCGUUUUCUAUGCCUCGAAAUCUUUUAAAGGGACUAAUCGAAGCGAUUUCCGUGAAGAAAAAUGUAAGGUGCUCUGUUUGAAUGGGUGGUACGGCAAGCUAGUCGACGGCGAUAAUUCUGACGCCUUCCAAUUGAUCAAUCACCGCACUGGCACGCUCUACAAGUUCAAGGCCGCAUCGAAAACAGCUGCGAAGAUGUGGGUAAGAGUUAUUGAAGAUGUUACAACCAAAAUUGUGAAGCCACUUCCGGCUAAUCUCAUGUCUUUCGAAUAACGUCGCGCAAUGUACCUUUGUACUCGCGCUCACACUAUUUCAUGUUUUUUAUUGUAUUAUCUUUAUAAGCAAUAACGCCUUUUUAAGAACAAACAUGUAUUUUAGUUAUAAAAGCUUAAUGUGUGCAUAAUUAAGCUUUAGCUAUCUAUGGAAUUUAUGUACUCAUCUAUACAUGACACUAUGUUAUAUUUAAAUAUCGUGUAACCGUAUCGUGUAUCGCGUAACACUAAUUCGACGUUACUAAAUAUAUGUUCAGGUUUUUACGUCCUCUAUAUAUAAAAACGGACGUAGCAGGUUUAUGAAUUAGGCUGACAUCUUAUUACAAUAUUUCUAAAUAUUUGUCCAAGUGCCCAUUUUCAUUUGCCUUUGCCAGUGGGUGCGACUUUGUUAGUCAGAGAUCUGGAGACAACUCAUUCUUUAAGUACUGCGACGCGACUCCUACCUAAUACUCCGGUUUGGCACCGGUGAUACAUACUGAGCUGUUUGCUUUCAUUUUCUAGGUACAGAUCCUAAAUAUUUAUAUAUUGCAAUGUUACAUACAAAAGUCAUGUCUUACUAAUUUCAUUAUAUUGAAAAAAAAAAAUGCCGAUGAAUGGCCUUUUCCGAUGUGUUCCGUUGCCUAUCCAGGUUCUAAAGUUUUGUGAAUAUUCUACCUUAUUUUAUAGUUUCAAGAUCUUCCAUACUUUAAAUUGAUUAGAUUGUGUUCCGAUUCCGUAUGGCAGCUGUGUUGUCCGCGUGAUGAAUUAGAUCAAAUUAGGUAAAACGCUAAAUUAUUUGGUCUAUUUUAAUUAAAAGUACUAAUCAAUUAAAAAACAUACCUACUUCUUCACUACGUGCUAAAAUAAUGUCGUAUUGACGUUGCUAAAGUCUUAACUUGCCAAUAAAUAUAGCUAGCAAUAUUAGUUCUUUAAAAGUGUACGUAGUAGCAAUAUGGGCUUAAGUAAUAUAAACACGCUCAAAAAUUGGAAUUUUUAUAACGUGGAUGUUGUAACAACGAGUUUUAAUUAGGUACUUUUAUACACCAUGUGCUAGUUUGCUUUGUAUGUCUUUGUAGCUAUUGUUCCAUUCAAUCAAAAUUUAUUAUAAUCUCGCACCGAAACAUCGUUUCUCCUGCUCACUGAUCCGUGUUGCUCAAAUAUGAAUGAAGCGCAAUUUUAUCGUAGCCGUUCACUGUUGGGCCACAAGAGUUAUGCAAACUUGUUGUUAUAUUAAACUUGUUAGACACAAGGUUGGGUCUAACUUGGAAAGGGUGGUUAUCCUAAAAAUAUCAUACCCAUAAUAUUAUGGAGUUUAGAAAUGCUUACGUUAUCUGAUUUAGGCGUUCACUGAAUGUUGUUUUUAGCUUGGUGCUAUAACGUAGUUAUUAGUCCGUAACUUUAUAGUAAUUGGACGUUUUAAUAAAGUACACUCUAAUAUAAAAUAUCAAUAAUGAAAUAUUCUAAAAUACAUAUUUUUAAUCACACGAACACGCUAAAGAACAAAAAAUAUAAAUAAUAGUUUUAAAUAAAAAAAAAUAUUUUAUUACGAAAUACAAAUAGAUACGCUGUAAAAAUAGUCUAUAUCGUUAGUUACACAGAUUUUGUGCCAUUAUUAUCGGAUAUUUAUAUUUUAUUAAACAUUCUGCACUAUCUGAUCAUUGAUGGCGAUUCAAUAAAAUGGUUUGAAUUCCGCCCGUCUCGCACGUAAGUUACAAAUUUUCAACGAUAUUUUUCAAUUAUUCAUUACUGCCUUUUACGACUAAGAACAAUGAGGAUCAUAGCGAUCAAGACAGAAGUUUUAAUGAGCGAAUUUCCACAUGAAACACCAUUAAUGUGCUAACCUCAUUUAACCGCGAGAGCGAGAUUCGUCAAUGAAUGAAAUAACCAUUUUUAAAUCGAGAAUCAUCUCUAGAGCAAUUAUCGGCUAAAGCUCGCCCCGUGCGGCCGCGAUUUCUACAUAAAGGUAGUUCAUACAGUUUUUAAAAGGUCUCAGCUUUUUGUGUUUUAUAGCUAACUUGUUGAAAUCUAGGUGCUAGUUAUAGGUCUGUUGUGGUAUCACCAUGACACACUUGACAAUACAGAUAUACCGCUACCAGCUAAAUGCCUCAUAUAAUUAAUAAUAAUGUAUAAUUACUACUAGAUAAGAAAUGUUAAAAUUCAGCUUUACACAAUUACAACACCAAUAUUUUAAAUUUAAUCAUAAUUGAGUUUAAGUGAUGGUUAAUAUAGUGAGUUAAAGUUGUCUUGUGACGUCCGAUUUAUCAAGGUUUUGAACGAAGUUUGUGAUAUGCAUAGACACACAUUGCCAGUGUUUUGUAGGUACAUUAUAAUCAUUCUGGUGUCUCACUCAUUGUUAGUCGUUUUUAUUAGAAUUCGAGAUUUAGGCCUACCGAAUCCUAGUCACACAGUAGCUAAAAUAUUGUCACGUGAAUUUUAUGUAGAUUUGUUACGCUAGGCCUCAAAAUUAUUUGUUAAAUUGCGCUGUUAUGCACUUUCGAAUCUCAUAGCAAUAGAGAAUGUCGACAAUGAAUGUGUUUGAGCGAUAUUCUCAUAAUUUUCACUCGUUGCGGUACGUUUUGAAUGACGGGCGGCAGCCAUCGGCGUACAUUUAUGCGGCUAUUUGACGUGUAAAACGGUGUACCAAUAAAUACGAUCAGGGUGUUGAAAAUCGGCGAUAAAUGAAAUUAACUUUAAAAUUCCUUUAAAACGCAUACAAUUAUCCAGUUAAUUGGUAACCUCAUUUGUUUAAGCCUCAGUGAUAAACCGCAGUUGUUCGAAAUUUACCGUAACGAUAGGGGUUAGGUUACAAAUUAACUACACUUUAUUAGAAAAAACACAAAAAUUUAAAAUUAUUGAAAAUUCACGAGGCAGGACUUCACAACAUAAUCUCAAAUAGAAUUUGAUUAGUUCCUAAAUUACACUAUAGUUAGCAGUUAGGGAAACAGUCCGCGUUUUUAAUUCUGGUGAUAGUCGACACGCCGCGUGGUGCCUAGUACGUAAAUAUUUAAGCUAAUGGAUUCAAAUCUGAUAUUAAAGCAAUAAAUAUUACCAAUAUAUGUAUGUUUAAAUGUUAUACACGAUGUUUUAAACAUUAUCUUUAUAAAUUAGCCAUUAAAAUAAACCGAAUACGUAUAUUAUGAAGCCUGUAAUUAAAAGUAGACCUCUUGUACUUUGGGGGAAAAAAAUACCGAAACAUUUUACGUGUAGAACUUACGUUGUAGAAAAAUUUCUUGGUUGCAAGUUGCAGUUUGAAUAGCGCUCACUGGAGCUGAAUAGUCAUACAUUGUAGUGGGAAAAUAGGUCGCCGUGUCCUCUCUGUGCCAGUACCAUGCCGCUGCUUCGUAUACCUAGGUACGGUCGGCAGCGCUGCCGGCCCCAGACGACGAUAUCAACUCUUUCAUGAGACUGCACUCGCAAUACAUUCACUCCAUAUACAAAAUUAUCUUUAAAUCAUACUAUAUUUAUCCAAUCGUAUCCUAAAAUUUCGCGUAAAAGGUUCGAGUAGAAACCAAUGUUUUCGAAUAUAAAUUUAUGCACAAUGAUAAAAAUAUUUUGUAAUAAAAUACAAAAUAUUCUUUCUUUAUAUUACCAAAGCUAUGUAAAUCUAUCUUUUGUAUCGUAGUUUAAGUAUAGUUAUAGUGAGGCUAUGAUAUUUGACUGAUACCGAAAGUGUUGAAUUAUUUUUUCUCGAGAUAACUUUUUGAGCAUGAAUUUAAAAGUGUAAAAUUGUAAACAUUUGUGAGAGAUUUUCUAAAAUAAUUUAAGAGAUACAUUUUUUUUGUUAUUUACUAUUUGAACAGUUAUCGUUGACACCUGUCUGGCGUCUUCUUUCAUAUUUGUGUUGAUUUGCAUUUCUGUUAUAUUGUAUCACUAAUUGUAACUAUUAUUAUUGCUACUUCAACUCGAGGAACGAAUAUCAUUGUAAUUAAGCUUUUUACGAUAUUACUUUUAAGUGUAUUUUACAGCACUUGUGUGCUCUUGUGUUCAAUAAAAUUCCUAUAAAAAUA